CUCUUUGAUUUUUUUUAUCUGUAUCCGGCCUUCGCUCGCAGCCUACAUCGUAUAUGGACGCUAUUUGAUUUAUAUCCUUUCUUCGAUUCGAUUACUAUUGCAGUAUUAGUUUUCCGAAACCAUGUCUAACGACUACGGUUUCAACAGCGAUGAUUCUCCUAACAAAACUAAUUCACACCUGCAACUUCCUAGUCCUAUUAUUACUCGCCGAAACCGGACCGCCUCUACAUCUGAGCGAGCCCUAGGAAACCCAUUAGAAAGCGGUAAAAUUAAGUCAUUUUGUCGCGCGAAAGGUCAUGGAUUUGUGACCCCUGAAAAGAGUGGCGAAGAUAUAUUUGUACACAUUUCUGACAUUGAAGGCGAGUAUGUGCCCCUGCCUGGUGAUGAAGUCAUUUACCGCCUCUGCCCCAUCCCACCCAAGUUCGAAAAGUAUCAAGCCGUUCAUGUCCGCAUAGUGCACCUGACUCCAGAGAAGCACCUCAAGUGGGAUGAACCACCCCCGCUGUAACUGUCUAAGAACAGAUUUGCCCAAUAUUUACACUUUGUUUUUGCGAUCAUCUCCCUUGCCAUAUCAGUCCACCAUGUUUUAAAUAUUGUAGAAGAACUUCUGUUCUGUCUUGUUUAGAUAAUAUUAUUUUUUGUUCAUACUCGGCAGCUCUCUGAAUCUCAUUAAAAAAUUGCUUUCAAUAUUUUUAAUACUGAAUAAAACAGAAACAUUUACACUAUAAUGUAAAGUUGAAGUUAUUUGAGAUAAUUGAGAUGAACAUAAUGUGCAAUAGCUGUUUUUACAAAAUAAAAUUUCUUACAUAGAAAUUAAGGUUGAUUAUUGAACACUGUAAACCUACCAUAAUAAUAUUAUCUAAGGUGACAGGAGACUGGCCUAAUAAUCUUAUCUCAACAUGAUCACAUGACACUAAACAUAACGAAACUCACAUUUUGUUUGAACAAAAUAAUGAUUUUAAGGUUUUAUUGCUAUAGUAUAUUGUACACAACAAAUUCAGUACUGAAAAAGUGAGAAGCCAAUAUUGUGGUGCUAAAUUUUUGAAGGUUUUACCAUCAUCUUAAGAUUUUGAUAUCAUUGUAGUCAUACUGAGUGGGUAACGGCUUCUUGCAUGUACUAUUAGAUGUGUAGUUGGACCACUAUCAAUAUCAACAUGAUGUAAAAUUAUUUUAAGCGGUGGGUAAACUUUGGAUGUGUCACAAAAUAGUAGUGACUAGUUCUGUUUCUACUAAGAUCAUUUUAGUGGUUUAGCAAGAGACAAGCUGAUGACUUUUUGACACAUUUUAAGUUUACACUCUGCAUAAGUUUUAAUUUCAUUGUUUAUCUGUAACAUUCCUGGCUUUGAGACUUAUUCCUUUAUUAUGCAGUUAUAGAAAUAUAACAAAAAAUAUAUUAUUGAUGGUUAGUGAGUUGGCAACUUUGUGUUGUGGUCUAACUUGCACAAAUAUAUAAAGUUUAUAAUUAGUAAUUUAAUUGAAAUGAAUUAUUUGGCCUAAAUGUAGCUUUAUAUUAUAUAUAGCCUGGAGUCAGUGUCUUAUGUUGCAUUGUUAAUUUAUUUAAAUGUAGACUAGCCACAGCCACAAGAGAAAGAAAUGUUACCAGACAUUACAUUAUAUUAAGUUGUCAGCAUCAUAUAGAUAAGAACGGCCAAAGGUUUUUCUUUACAAAGUUUAUUUCAGUUCAUAAUUUAUAUAUUAUAGUAGUGUGACUACUUAAAAACACAAAUCAAAAUAUAUAAUACAAUAAUUUUAUUUGUUCUGUUGUCUGUUUAUGUUUCUUUACUCUUGUGAUGUAGUAUAGAGUAUAGCACAAAUCAAUUGUGCCAUCAUUUGUGAUACGAUAGCAAUCAAAGAUCUAACGUUAUCACUACAUUAAGAUGUAUUUGCAAAUGUGUUUAAUUUUAUAGGUGUUGGUUCUUUACUCUUAAUGAAACGAUCAAUGAAUUUAAAAACGAUAAUAAAUUUAAUUCCCGUUUUAUACCUCCUCCAUUCCAUAAAGCAUUUUACAGUACUUAUUCAAAUAUUUCAAUAUUGUGUAUGAAAAUUACGAACAAUAAAUGAAUAUUAUUAAUGUGUUUUAAACAUAUUUAAAGUUAUUAACUAUGGGUGGGUUGCUAUAUUUGUAGGGCUAAGAUGGUCUGCUCUUAAUCAUUUGUCACCAUGCCUGUCACGUUCUUACAAAUAUGUAAGUGCGAAAGUGACGCAUGGCAUUACAGGUGAUAAUAAUGCGACCAUGAUACCGCUUCUGAUUCUAAUAUACGUUGACAAUACGUAAAUCAACGUUACUUUUGUAAUAUUGUUCGGUUAUAUAACAGUUACUAGCUGUUGCAACAACCCGCCCUUUUUGCAGUAUUUUAUUUGUAAUUCCCCUCUACUUUUGUAUGCCAUGCUUGAGUUAGCUAACCGUACUUAGUAUUGUAAUUAUAGAUAUGACAGCGAAUAUAAUAUCUAUGUGUAAGCA